GUCGAACGAUAGAGAGUAAGACAGAGCCGAAGCAGGAGCUGAAGCAGGAGGCAAAGGAGGAGGAGGAGGAGGAGGAGGAACAAGAAGAAAGAAGACGAAGUAGGAGGUAGAACCCAUGUCGAAGGUGAACGGAACGACAAUCGCGGGACGUCAAGCUGUGCCCUCCUUGAUCGGGAAGAGCAGCACGCCGUCCCCGCCUCAGAGUUUUCAUCCGUCUGCUUCUUCGCCAAGCAGUCAAUCGAAGCACUAUUUUGGAGGGGGAGGAAGUCAGCCAUCAGCUGGUGCUACCAAUUACCAUCAUCAUCCUCAUCAGUAUCCUCAUCAGUAUCAUCAACAAGGCGGCUCGGCGUCGCGAACGACCACCACGACGACCACCACGACGACCACCACGAAUUCCCACUCGCCGCCCAAUCCCGCUCUAGUGGAGUUGGUGGCAACGUCGAAGCUCCCUUCCGACGACGAAGCCGCAGUCGAAGAGCGCAAACAGAAACGGAUGUUGUCGAACAGAGAGUCCGCGAGGCGGUCACGCCUGCGGAAGCAACAGCAUCUCGACGAAUUGAAGCAGGAGGCGACAUCACUCAGAGCGGCCAACACCGAGAUGAUGGGAAGAUUCAAUAUGGCGGCCAAGCAGUACGCAUAUCUCACCGAGGAAAAUCGAUUGCUCAGAACGCAUGCGACGGAACUGAGCCGUACGCUCCACAGAUUGCAUCAGUCAACAUCGGGAUCGACGGUAACUGGCCUCCAUCAUCCUCAUUCUAUCGGUCUCACUCGUUGACCUGUUGGUAGUUUUAGUUUUAGUCCCCAGCUCUCUCGUGUGGGGGCUGACCUUUUCGCUGAAAGUGCGCGCUCUGUCUAGGGCUUGGCGGGUAUAGACAGGCCUUAGAAACUUUUGCUUGUAAAGCUCGUUUUCCUUCCGUCCUAACUUAACUUUCCUCUUCUUCCUUUAUUCGUUCCUUUGCUCCCUUCUUCUGUUUCUACUUGCCCUCCGCGUUCUCGCUUUCCCUGUCUCUCCCGCUCUUACUCUUUCUCCUUACUUUUCCAGCCUGACUGUCUUCGUCCUUACUUUCCUCCAGCCUGACUGUCUUCGUGACUGCGCGCCGAUUCUUGUC